AUGGUUGGUGCAGUGAAAAGACAAGUGUGGAUGGCUAUCGGCAGAAAAACAUCUCUUGUAACUGAUGCUACAUCAUUUAAGUCAACCACCAAAAAAGUAUGCAAUGUGGAUGUGGUGGAAAUGACAUCACAUGAAAGAAAUGCCAUCCUCGAUGUUGAAGAAGUAUUCCAGAGUGCACCUGUGGUCAAAGGUAUCAAGUCG